AUGCAUGCUCCACCAAUCACUCGGAGGGUACGAAGUGAAUAUACACCUUGGCUAACGAAAGAUAUUAUGAAAAAAAAUAGGAACAGAGAUUAUCUAAAGAAAAAAGCAGUUAAGACUGGGUCUCUAAAUAUGCACCAAGCUUACAAAAAAGCUAGGAACGAGGUAACUAAAAAUAUUAAACAGGCCAAAGCCAAACACUUCAUACACUGUUUUGAAACAACCACCAAAAACCCACAAGAGAUGUGGAAAACUAUUAAUAAAUUGAUUAACAAGAAAUCAAAAACAACAACUAUUUCCGAAAUUAAAACUGAGAAUGGAAGUGUUACCGAUGCUAAAGAAAUUACAAAUGUCUUAAAUGACUAUUUUUGCAACAUAGGUUCAAAUCUGGCAGAAAACUUAGAAAGGACACCAAUUCAACCAUCUAGUUAUAUAGAUCAGAGUGAAACUGAAUUUAAGCUGCACUUUGUAACUGAAAAUGAAGUUUAUAAAUAUCUUUCCAAUGUUAAACCAACUAAAUCGACUGGUUAUGACCAAAUACCACCAAAAUUAAUUAAAGAUGCGGCUGGAGUAAUCAGUAGAUCACUAACAAAAAUUUUUAACGAAUCUAUUGUAUCUGGAAUUUUUCCUGAUGAUCUAAAAAUAGCGGUGCUCUCGCCAAUCUUUAAGAAAGAUGAUAGGUCCUGUUGUGGUAACUAUAGACCAAUUUCAGUACUAUCAGUUAUAGCGAAAGUUUUGGAGAAAAUUGCAUUUGAUCAAUUGUGUAGUUAUCUUCAUAGUAACAGCAUAAUUGCCAAUCAGCAAUCAGGCUUUAGGAAAAAUCAUUCAACCGAAACGUCCUUACUUACAGUUACAAAUAGAUGGUAUUGCAAUAUGGACAAUGGACUUCUGAACGGCGUUUUAUUUCUGGAUUUAAAAAAGGCAUUUGAUUGUGUAGAUCAUCAAAUUUUACUAAACAAAUUAGCAAUGUAUGGAAUUCGUGGUAUAACAUUAAAUUGGUUUAAGUCGUAUCUCUCCAAUAGAAAGCAAACUUGCAAAGCUAACAACAUAUUUUCAGAAAUGAAACCAAUUAAAACUGGUGUGCCGCAAGGCUCCAAUUUAGGACCCCUGCUAUUUAUUAUCUAUGUCAACGACUUACCUAAUUGUCUAGACAGUGCUAGUGCAAGCAUGUUUGCCGAUGAUACAAAUAUAACAGCAACCGGUCAGACAGUACAACAACUCCAAAGUAAUUUGAAUAACAAUUUAGAAAAAGUACACCACUGGCUUCUCGCAAAUAAAUUAACUCUUAGUCACAAUAAAACAGAGUACAUGAUUAUUGGUUCAAGACAAAAAAUAAUAAACAUUCAAGAAGAACCAAUAAUAAGCAUAGGUAAUGAACCUGUAAAGAAAAUUAAUAAAUGCAAAACACUUGGAGUUAUAAUCGAUGACAAAUUAAUGUGGAAAGACCAUAUAAAUGAAAUCAAUGCUAAAGUUUCGAAAG